AAGUUCUAACUGAAAGUUAACUUCCAAUGUUACCUCCCUCAUGGACUAGAUAGCUCCUGGUGUAUGUCUCCCACAGACUAGAAGGAUGUAGUCACUGCUGAAGCAAAAAGCAAACCAGCGUGGGCUCCUCAACAACCAGCCUCUCCUUCAUAAGAUAUUUGCUCAGCUGCGUUCAUCACAACAGUCAGGAAAUGGAAGCAACAACCUAAACGUCCUUCAACUGAUGAGUGGGAAAUGAAAAGGCGGUCCGUACACACAAUGGAGUACUAUUCAGCUGUACAAAAGAUGACAUCUGGAGGAUGCCUCCUAGAGGUGGAAAACUAAGUCUCCAUUGCUGAAGACGCCGUGUGCCCAAGACACUGAGGAUCAAAGCUGGAACUGAACUGACCAUCCUCCUCCCUGAGGACUAGCUUUCCCGACACCAGAAGGUUAACAAUCAAGAUGGUACAUGCUGAAGCCUUUUCUCGUCCAUUGAGUCGGAACGAAGUUGUCGGUUUAAUUUUUCGUUUAACAAUCUUUGGUGCAGUAACAUACUUCACUAUUAAAUGGAUGGUAGAUGCCAUUGACCCCACCAGGAAGCAGAAAGUGGAAGCUCAGAAACAGGCGGAAAAACUGAUGAAGCAAAUUGGUGUGAAAAAUGUGAAGCUUUCAGAGUAUGAGAUGAGUAUUGCUGCUCAUCUGGUAGACCCUCUUAAUAUGCAUGUUACUUGGAGUGAUAUAGCAGGUUUAGAUGAUGUUAUUACAGAUCUGAAAGACACAGUCAUCCUACCUAUCAAAAAGAAGCAUUUGUUUGAGAAUUCCAGACUUCUGCAGCCUCCCAAAGGUGUUCUCCUGUAUGGACCUCCGGGCUGUGGGAAAACAUUAAUUGCCAAAGCGACAGCCAAAGAAGCGGGCUGUCGAUUUAUUAACCUUCAGCCUUCCACACUGACAGAUAAGUGGUAUGGAGAAUCUCAGAAACUGGCUGCUGCUGUCUUCUCCCUGGCCAUAAAGCUACAGCCGUCUAUCAUAUUUAUCGAUGAAAUAGACUCAUUUCUACGAAAUCGUUCCAGUUCCGACCACGAAGCUACAGCAAUGAUGAAAGCCCAGUUUAUGAGUCUUUGGGAUGGACUGGACACUGAUCACAGCUGCCAGGUCAUAGUGAUGGGAGCUACCAAUCGUCCUCAAGACCUUGACUCUGCUAUAAUGAGAAGAAUGCCCACAAGAUUUCAUAUUAACCAGCCUGCUCUAAAACAAAGAGAAGCAAUUUUAAAACUCAUCUUGAAAAAUGAAAAUGUGGAUAGACAUGUAGAUCUUCUAGAAGUUGCCCAGGAAACUGAUGGGUUUUCAGGAAGUGACCUAAAAGAAAUGUGUCGAGAUGCUGCCCUCCUCUGCGUCAGGGAAUAUGUCAAUUCUACAUCAGAAGAAAGUCAUGACGAAGAUGAAAUCCGGCCUGUGCAGCAGCAGGACUUGCAUCGGGCAAUUGAGAAGAUGAAGAAAUCAAAGGAUGCAGCGUUUCAGAGCGUUCUGACUCACGUUUGUUUAGAUUAGGAGUAAAGAUCGUUUGUGUGCUUCAGUGAUCUCGUGGGACGGGCUCUCAUCUGUACAGCAGGGAGGGAGAUCCAGACUUGUGGUUUUCUACUCAGAUCUCUGGUCUGUUAUAUAAAUGGUGUUCCUGCUUGUCAGAAAUCAUGAGGAGGAAGCUGAGUGCGACCUGAGUGUGGGUGCUUGUUUGACCUUUUUAGCCAUAUGCUGUUAUAGCCUUAUAGAGUCUAAGCUGGUCUUAUGUAGUUACUGAUUUGUUGUCAUUAGUAAGGAAUGGGGUGUGGUUAGGUGCUGGUUUCUAGACAUGUGAGUGUGUGUGAGUGUGUGUGAGUGUGUGUGUGUGUGUGUGAGUGUUUAUCAAAUGUAUAUAUACACUUUUUUUUAUAUUCUGUAGAUAGGUUUGACUUUUUUUUUUUAAACCCCAACUACUGAACCCAAAAGUACCAGAUAGUUUGUAGCAAAACUGGGAUGUAAGGCAGAGUUGACAGGCACAGCGAGACUCAGCCAUUCCUAGUCGUCACUUGUUUGGGCCGUUUUUGAGUUGAACAUUUCCUGUGCAGUUGGUGGAAUCAACCACACCUGAACAUGUGUGUGUCAGUGGUAAUGGCUGUCGGGAGAGUCAGAUAACAAACGCGAUUUGCUCUGCGAUCGGCGACUCCACCUCACUCUGCUGUGACACCGAGCAGACAUUUUGAAGUUUUACACUGAAUUAUAUUAAGGAUUGAAAACCUUUCAAAAGAAUGGGUUUGAGAAACUUCAGUACUCUUUUAGUACGUGUACAUAACUCUCAGUGUAACAGUUCUGUAACUGUAUUCCUUAAAUGUUGUUUGAAAGUUAAGUGUUCUUUAAUUAUGUUCAAAUUUAAUUUGGUUAUCCAAACAAAAUGAUAGUUUAUAUAAAUAGUUGUUACUAAAUGUGCUAAAAAAUACUCACUUUGUAACUUAAAUUUAAAAAUUUUCUCAAUAGUAUAAAAUGGGUACAAAUAAUUCACAUCAAAAUUCUUGUAUUGUAUCUGUAGUCACUCGAUGCUAUGUGAACCACAUACAAAACUCUUCUUUUUUUCAAACCUCCACUAGCCAGAAUUCUGUUCCAGGCAUGUGACAUGUGACAAAGCAAGAUGAUAAUGCCGCAGCACAGUCUUGAGGUGCCUCCGACUCACCAGAACGAUUAAACUAUGACAAGAAUGCUUUCCGCUUUAUUAUUUGCUUUAUUUCUUUGAAAACUAAAUUCUUGUGUAUUUAUUGAGUUAAUUUCUCUAGUAAUGUGUCUCACAAGAACCUACUGGGCACUUUUUCCUCCAUUUGUGUUUUGGGUUAUAGAUCGCAGGCGACUACUUAGGGUCACAGAAAGCAGUCUGUGGGAGACUGGGAAGAUGGUGGGAAGGAAAUGCACGCCAAUCCAAGGCGCCAAGGACUUACCCUGUUUUUAUAAUCUACAAUAAAAGGUCCUUCCAUGUGAUUCUUUUUUCCCCACUUAGUUCUUGAUUGUUUUCAGUUACUUUAAAUUGUGGAUUUUAUUGUUGUUUAUUAAAUUUGUGUUUGGGCAGUUUUUAUAUUGUAGUUGAGAUUUCACACUUUUAUAGCAGACAUUUUAAUAUUGAUUUAUUCUAUUUAAAUAUGGGUGUUAGUAAUUUAAUUUUAAUGUAAUGGCAUGUUCAGAAAUGAGUGAUGUGUAUACUACUUUGUGUCUUUUUCUUUUUCAUCUUUUAUUAAAUGCACAUUAUCCAUUUA